AUGCAUAAAAACUUGAUGAGAGUUUCACUUCGUACUUUAAAAGCUCUCGGGAUAGAAAAAGAUAUAUAUAGGAAGAGGACAAGGUACGCGAUAAGGUACCAAUCUUUUCAUACAACCUCUAUAAAAUGUUUCUCUAUACCACCCAACGAUCCUCCGAAAACCUCGGCUUCGCCAAUGAAGCCUGAUAGUUCUGUAAAUUCGAACUCAGCUACGGAUAAUUUGCCGAAUUCGAAUCCAGGCAAUGAGGAGCCGGAGGCUGCACGAGCUCCUGAAGAAACGCAGUCAGCUUCGUCAAAAGAUACUAAUACGUCCGAGUUGUCCGAUUUUGUGACGAGAAUACCAAGACGAAAACGCGCGUCAACUUCAUCAAGGGCACGUCCACGAAUAACAAAACAAUCUUCUACUAUUCAAUACAAGCCAAUUAUCCCCGAAGCGUUUAUAAAAACGAAUUAUCUGUCAUUCGAUAAGAAUAAUUAUUCUUUUGAAUCAAUGCAUUAUCCAAUUGAAGAUGGGAUUCGUAAAGAAAUUUUAUAUAGUGCGCGUGCGAGUCUCUUACCAUGCCAAAAAACAGAUACAAUACCAGCCCGAAGAGGUCAUUUAUUACUGAAUUGUCCAUUGGAAGGGGCAUCAUUCUAUCUGGAUGCAAUUGUGAAAAGUGUAGCCGCUAAACUACAGGCUGAUCUGUUGAUAUUUGAUAGACAGGAUCUGAUGGAGUUAACCGCCGAUAUGUUUUCGCGGAAAGCGACACCCUGGCCCCUAUUCCCUGACCUGAAAGCUUCAACUUCAGGUCGCAAUUCUGGAUAUGAGAAUAAAAAUUUCGGGGAGGCUUUCAAUUUCAACUCUAAUUCGAAUGGUGUAUUGCGAGGAGAAAUGAAAGUUAUUAUGGAGAAAAUGGACAAGUUUUUUGAAGCUUUGAUCUCUGCCACGCCACCAUAUACAACUGGAAUGUCUUUAGAAGUUCCUUCUACGCCAAGAAUUAUAUACUUUAGAGAUGUAGGCGACCUGAUACCGACUAAUUUCGGCACGGCACUUAUCAAUGCCCUGGUUGAUGCAGUUCAGAAUCAGCGUAGUAUUGGCGAUAGAAUUAUGAUCAUUGCAGGACAUUCUCCGUCGUUAUUCGCAAUGGAGAAAAAAUCCCAACCUAGUUCAUCGUCGUCUUUACUACCACAUGAGAUUCAAUGGGUGAAUCUUGACAUAUUUCCCAAUCCCGCACUGUUAGUUCCAUUUACUCAUAUAGCUAUACCUCCAUCGUCAUCGAAAGUGCUAGCAGAGAAGUUGCAAUCGUUGAUAAAUGAUGAUAAAAACAUUGCAAUUCGACAAAUCAAUACUCGUAAUAUUCGAGCUGUAUGUAUAAAUAAGGGAGCUAAUUUCGAGGAAGAUGACAUUCAUGUGUUGGGAAAAAUGCUGUCAAAAUUGGAAAAUAUCGAGAAUGAAGUUUGGGGAUUCGAAAAAGUUCAUAGACUUGUUAUGAACACUAUUGGUAUUGCGCUCGACAAUCAUAAUGUUCUAGGAGUUAAUGAAACUGUAGCUUUGGAAGUUGAACAUUUUGUUCUUGCAUUAGAAACUCUGAAAAACAAUCAGAAUCUGCGUAAAGAAUUUGUGGAGAAUGCCUCCAAUAGCAAUGACCUCACAAAUAAAGGAGCCGAAAAAAUGGUCAGCCUUGUUGGUCUCGGUGAUGGAAAAAUUAAUUUGCCAGGACGCAAAAAUUUAAAGAAAGAUGAUCUUGAUAGGCAUGAGAAAAGAAUAUUGAGCUGUAUAGUUGUGCCAGAAAAAAUUCAAACCGGUUUCUCUGAUAUUCACGUAUCAAGAUCAACUGUUCAAACUCUUCAAACACUUAUUACGUUGCCCUUAAUUCGGCCACAAUCAUUUAGCUAUGGCGUAUUAUCUAAACAUUUCAUAUCAGGCGUUUUAUUAUUUGGACCUCCAGGGACUGGUAAAACAAUGUUAGCAAGGGCUGUCGCCAAGGAAAGUGGUAGCACGGUUUUAGACAUAAAAGCUAGUGAUAUUUAUGAUAUGUUUGUCGGAGAAGGUGAAAAAAAUGCAAUAUUCUCAUUGGCUCGAAAACUUUCACCAUGCGUUUUAUUUUUGGACGAAGUGGACGCAAUUUUUAAUUCACGUCGUUCUGACCAUCAUAAUGGAGCUCAUCGUGAAAUCAUCAAUCAAUUUAUGGCAGAAUGGGAUGGCCUCACAUCGCAAAAUGAAGGUGUUUUAAUAAUGGGUGCUACAAAUCGACCUUUCGAUCUAGAUGAUGCUAUUCUACGGAGAAUGCCAAGAAGGAUUUUAGUUGAUUUACCGAACGAAAAAGAUCGUGAACAGAUAUUGACACUACAUCUGCGUGACGAGAGACUUGAUCCUUCCGUGUCUCUGUCUCAUCUAGCUAAAAUCACAAAUCUAUAUUCUGGCUCAGACUUAAAGAACCUGUGCAUUAGUGCUGCGUUAGCUGCAGUUAGAGAGGAUGCAGAGAAAGAAGCGAAAAACAAUAGUCAAGUUCAAGAAAAGAAAGGAGAGAAUGACACAGUUAAUAAUUCCUCGAGAUCUACCAUAGAAGCACCACCUAUUCGGAUAUUGAAAGAACAUCAUUUUCAACUCGCACUCAAACAAGUAACACCAUCCUGUUCCGAAGAUAUGUCUAGUUUAACGGAACUAAGGAAGUGGGACAAACAAUACGGUGAUGGUUCAUGGAACAGGAAGAAAAGAGCGAAAGGGAUGGGUUUUGAUGGUGAAACUAGUAUUUUUAAUAGACCAAGCACUAAUACUUCUUCAACUUCAAAUACAAGUCUUUAA